GCCGAGCGGGACGGAGGGUGUGGCCGGAGCCCGGUGGGAGACGCUGGGGGGAGGGGAGCGGUUUCCUUGCUCACCUGCAGUUGGGACACAGAAUAACUUUGUGUGGAGACAACGCGUUACUUGUGCUCGGACUGCACCGUGUGACUGAGCAUCCGCUGAGUGACGGCAUCUGCACAGAUUGCUAUGGAGUGGAAUGAGAAUACAGACGUGUCUUGUGAUUUAGCAUUUUCUGAAGCACAAAGAUGGAUUGAGGAGGUAACUGGUAAACGUUUUGGGGAGCAAGAUUUCCGCUCCGCUCUUGAAAAUGGAGUGCUCUUGAGUGACCUAAUCAACAAGAUCAAGCCUGGAAUUAUUAAAAAGAUUAACAGACUGUCCACACCUAUUGCAGGCUUGGAUAAUAUUAAUGUCUUCUUGCGGGCCUGCGAGAAACUUGGAUUGAAGGAAGCUCAACUUUUUCACCCUGGGGAUCUUCAGGACUUAUCAAAUCGAGUCACUGUCAAGCAAGAAGAAACCGAGAGAAGAUUAAAAAAUGUUUUGAUCACUUUGUACUGGCUUGGGAGAAAAGCACAGAGCCUGCAUUAUUAUAAUGGUCCACAACUAAACCUGAAGGCAUUUGAAGGAUUACUAGGGCAAACACUGACCAAGGCACUUGAAGAGUCCAGUAGUCUGAAGAGAAGUGGAAGGGACAGUGGCUGUGGCGACUUGUGGUACAGUGAGAAAGGAGAAAAUCUGUAUCCUGCUCAUAAAAGAGACGAUUCCUGGGACAGCUUAGAUUCCUUCGGCUCCAGGUCAUAUACAAGCUUUUCUUCAGACACAACUCUAAAAGGAAGCAGUGAGGGUGGAGAAAGUGAGACCGAGUCGGAACAUACGUACAAGAUGCAGGAUUCAAACAAGAAUGACAUGUCCUACCGAAGGAUUUCUGUGGUGGAACCAAAGGCAACCCCCAACUUCAAUCAGUUCCUCCCAGCGAAAACAAAACAAGUAAAUUAUAUGCCUGCUCCUUUAAGGAAGAAGCGUGUGGAUAGAAAUGAGGACAACAGGAGGAGCUGGGCUAGCCCUGUCUUCACAGAAUCUGAUGGAACAUUUACCAGACUGCGGGAAAAACUAUGUAUGGAAACUGGAAGUAAAUCUCUGGAAAAUUGCAAUGCAGAGGAACUACAGAAUAUGCGGCAAAUUCGUCUGGAAGAAUUGCAGAAGAUCAAAGGCCAGCUGCAGGAACAAGAUCAAAAGUGGCAAGAUGAUUUAGCAAAGUGGAAAAAUCGACGAAAAAGCUAUACAUCAGAUCUACAAAAGAAAAAGGAAGAACGAGAAGAACUUGAAAAAACUGCAAGUGAAGGACCUGAAAGAACAUAUAAGACAUUCAGAGAAAUGCGUCAGGAAAGGGAGGAUAGAGAAAAUGAGAACCUCAACAAUGGCCAUCAAAGGUCAGACCUAAGAAGAAUGCAUUCAUCAAAUGAUGAUGUCUUUGGGGAGUCAAAUAUUCCAUCCAAGCCAGUUCUAGAAAAGAGUUACACUGUGGAUGUCCCAUAUACAAGAACAGAGAUUUCUUCGUAUACUCCAAAAAAUUCUUCCUACAAGAAAAAGGACGAUGGUGACUUGAUAAAUUUUGAUGAGGAAGAAUCCGUUCCAAGUGGUAAAACAGAAUCUGUUCCCCAGCCAAAUAUUCUAAAAGUUGAUACUACUUUCACAGUGCAACAGUCUCAAAAGGCUGAAAGCUCAGAGACCGAACCAGUAACGAAAGUGUCGAUUGGAAAACAUCCCUCUCUUGAUUUAGAUAAACCAUAUCAAAGUAAGAGCACUACUAGCUAUUCUGUAAAGAGUUACAGCAUGCAAGGGAAUUCUUUGCCCACUGACUCCAUCAGUACACAGAACCUACCAUUCUCCUCCAGUUCACUGAAUAUAGAAAGCAAACCUGGUCUGAUUUCUUCAUUACCACGAGGAUUCCAAAAAACCGAUACUUCUCGGCUGUCAUCAGUGAUUACUCCCAGACCAUUUGGUACCCAGUCAAAGGGAAUCUCCUCAUUUACCAGAUCAUACACAUUGGAUGAUACCCGAAAGUACAAUGGUUCAGCAACCCAGGAAAAACCAAGCAGCGCCUUUCAUAGCGAGGAUGAGGCUGACAACAUAAAAGAUGAGAAGAUAAACACAGGAAGAAGUUUUUCUCCUAAAACCUUUGAUGUCCAAUUGGAAAAGAGUUCAGUGGCUCAAUCUGCUGCACCUCCCAACCCCAUGGACCAAUACAGCGACAUGAGAAUCAGCAUUAACCAAAAGCCUGGAAGCAGCCAAGACUUUGGGUUUAAAACAAACUGGAACAGCUCAGGGGUUUUUGUAACGUCUGUUGAUGCAGGCAGCCCAGCUGAAUUUUCCCAGCUGCAAGUAGAUGAUGAAAUUCUAUCUGUCAACGGCAUCAAGGUUUCAUCUAUGGACUAUAGUCAGUGGAGAGAAGCCAUGGACAGUGCUCUGGAAACUGGAAACCUUGCAAUAGAUGUCAGACGAUACGGCAAGAAUGACUGGGGCACAGACCCACCUUCCCUGCCGUACAAAAGCCAUAAAACCCUCAAUCUGACCAGUAUGGAUAACAAACUUGUAGGUUCUCCUGAAAGUAAAUGGAUUGAUGCAAGCUCUAUCAGCAAUAGCUCCUCCAGAUCUCAUAACACUUCUCUGAGAAGCAGCCCACCCGACACCAGAAAUGUUGCAGAGAAUAAACAAGUUAAUGGGAUUAAAGAUGAAGUGGAUACUAAGCAAAAAGAACAUGAACAUAUAUCCUUGAGAAACUAUAAAAGGAGGUCUCAGUUUUUUGAGCAAGGAUCCUCUGGUUUUCCUUACAACUCAUGGGUCUACUUGUGUGGAAGCACAGAUUCUUCUGCACCAGAUAUGCCAGUUCCACCCAUUAGUCUUUCGACAAGAUGGUCUUGGGACCCUGAAGAGGAGAGGAAGAGGCAAGAAAAAUGGCAUCAAGAACAGGAAAAGAUGUUGCAGGAAAAAUACAAUCGGGAACAAGAAAGACUUAGAGAGGAGUGGGAGCGAGCUCAGCAAGAAAUCGAGAAGGGAAGACCUCUUGAGCAGUUACAACAGGAACCAGCACUCCUACAGUUUCAUACUAGCAGGUCCUUGACUUCACACAGCCCUUCUUCAUACUUGAGUAAAGAGCGGUAUGAUGAUUUACUAAGCAGCGAUGACAGUCUUCAUGAGAAUGAGAAGAGACAGGAAGAAGAACGUGAAAGAAAAAAGAAAGAAGAAGAAAGAUUAAAUUAUUUGGAAGCCCAGCGUAGACAGGCAGAGGAGGAAGAGCGUAGGCGCCGGGCAGAGGAGGAAGAGCGUAGGCGCCGGGCAGAGGAAGAAGAGCAUAGGCGCCGGGCAGAGGAGGAAGAGCGUAGGCGCCGGGCAGAGGAGGAAGAGCAUAGGCGCCGGGCAGAGGAGGAGAGUCACAGACUCCAGCAACAAUUAGAAAGAAAAAAGCAAGAUGAAGAAAGAAGACAGAAAGAGGAGGAACAAAAGAGGCUUAGAGAAGAGGAAUGGCAGAGGAAAAAAGAACAAGAGGAGGAAGAACAAAAGCUAAAACUACAAAAUGAACGAACCCAAAGAACUAACAUCAGUUCAUCUUAUUCAAGAUUAUCGAGGACUUUGGAUGAAUUGGAUUAUAGCUCAUACAGCAGCAAAAUUAGGGAUACCUCAGAUUUAACUGGUGAUCAGGCUCAAGGAAAUGGCGGACCUGGAAAUGCGACAUAUGGUUUUGCUGACUGGGUGUUUGAAGGUGAACAAAACAAGACACACCCUUUGAAGCCUCAACCAAAUAAACUUCCAUCAGACAGCAGCAACAAUUCUGGAACUACAUGGUCAGUGGGUGAAUCACAGAAAGAGGGCCCUGCAGAAUUGGAGAGACAGCAGAUCAUCAGAGAGAUGAGGAAAAAAGCACCUCUGCAUAAUGACAACAGCUGGAUUAGGCAGAGGAGCUCUAGUGUGACAAAAGACACUUCAUCUCUUCCAAACGUUAUGAGAAGAGGAGAAUCGCUAGACAACCUAGACUCUAGCUCAAGCUCACGGAGACAGACAUCCUGGGCAAACCAGUCAUUAUCUUAUAAUUCUUUAUCAUCUAGUCAAGACUUCAGUCAACCUUCUCAAGUGGUAUCCACCUCUAACCGUACCUACCUGCGCAACCCAUCUUCCAGCUUUUCACAGACUUCUGUUGUUUCAUCUAGCUUGCCUCGGAACCAACCUUCAACACAGACAUCUGCUCAACAGCGCAACAAGUCAGUGAGCGGGAAGAAAUUGUGCUCUUACUGUAAUAACAGUUUGGGCAAAGGAGCGGCUAUGAUCAUCGAGUCUCUUGGUCUUUGUUUUCAUUUACAUUGUUUUAAGUGUGUCGCCUGUGAAACAGACCUUGGAGGUUCCCAGUCUGGAGCAGAAGUCAGAAUCCGCAACAACGACUUGUACUGCAACAGCUGCUACAUUAAAUUUAAAUCUGGACACACCACCAUGUGAAGGCCUCCUCAUCAAAGAACCACUCCUAGAAGUAGCAGAGGAGGACUGAGCUGACACGGAUGUAAAUCUAGAAGCACAAGCUGGAUGUGUGCUUUAUACAGCUUAUAUAUGUUAUAUAUAAGAUACAAUAUUGCAUUUGCCUUUUAUUCUUGUAUUACCUCGUAACCAGAUUUCUUUGUGGUAUAUUUAUGAGAGGAUAAUCACAGCUAAGGGGCAUGUUAUACUUUCAGUGUUCUGAAUUAUGUAUGUAAAAAGUCUGCUUUUAUGUAAUUUCAAAAUAUUUUUGAGUUCUUUU